AUGACCAUCAUGUUGAAACCGAAGGAUUUUCGACACAAUUACACUUGCGUCUAUUUCGAUUCAGCCGAAGGAGGCUGGUCGACACGAGGGUUACGCCGAAUCGAUACCAACUAUCACGGACGUUUGUUACAAUGCGAAGCGAACACAUGGUGCGUGCUUUUCACUCUGUACCGGCGGUACGUUUUGCGAUUUUGUUCACUCCCUUCAGAUGGUCAGCUGAGUGUUCUCUUUAGGAGAGUAUUUCUUUGCAACGACGAUGAUGCGAUGCGAGAUUCUGGGCGUGCUGUUGCCUACGGUAACUACGUUCAUCUCGAUGAUAUGCUCCAUCUUCUUGCUUUUCAUGGCAGCUGUGCAAAAGAACCAAUCGGUCGAUCUAGCUCUACUAAUUUACUUAUUCUUUGUGUUCAUGAUUCUUGUGGUACAUCUUGUGAUGCUUGUCGCACCGCAGGUAAACGAAAAGUUACUUUGAAAAUUCCUUGA